CGUAACUAGGUUGGCUACGUCAUGUGCAAUGGCAUCCUCAAAAUAGCCCAUGGGUAUGUCACGACAUGGAACAAAUUGCAUUCCAGCACGUCCAAACACUUUAAGCAACCGCCGGAGACUCCUGUUACGCGGUCGUGUGGAUAUAGGGCCCAUGAAUUAUCGCGUAAUUGGCAUUUACCCCUCCUUGGCAAAAUAUCUUGUCAAAAAUAUUAACUUGGGGUGCGAAGUGAUAAAUUCGUAGGCUACUGGAAGCGCUGCCUGUGGUGUUGAGCCCGUCACUCCGGAGACCUAUUAGAGAUCUGCGAAUUGAAACCGCCCAUACGAAUUUUGACUUGAAGAAGGGUGGACUGGCCUGUAUUUGACUGAGACGGACUCUAAAGAGUCUCUGGAAGGGGGUGCAAAGAGGGAGGGCAGUCUUGUAAUAAUGGUGAAAAAGCGAGACAACAACACCGGGGAGUCGCGUUUGGGGAAUUCAGCGGGUCAACAGGAGGGUGUUCAGGCUUGGAAUAAUUAAUCAAAAAUCGAGUCCCUCUUUUUCUAUUUCUUGGCCUGCUACUGGACGGCCGGGAGAACCGAUCUGAGAUUAAUUGGUCGCUUCUUGUUUGCAGCUAUUCUUUCCCCGUCUUGUCGCAUACUUGUGGUGGCCCCCUUCACUCUCACCUCUUCUCCCACUCGUCUGGCUACAUAGCACUUGAUUUCUCUUAACCCUCCUUCUUUUGCCUCAACAAUCGCUCAGUACCGGAUUCCGAAUCCCUCACCGCCAGUCACCCUUUGUACUUCACAGCCAAGGCUGUGUAACUGUGUCGAAAUAAACAACCGUCGCAGCUUGGGGUUGCAUGCAGGGCAGCUGCAAGGACGUCCCCAGUGCUGCAGCAACCAGCCCAACGGAACUUUCGACGCCUGCAUAACACAACAACGGAAUACAAAAAGAUACAAAGAGAAGGGUCUUUUUCACAAUUUGACUUAACCAGUGUCUUUGUUCUUAUUCUCAAUAUCUCUUCUCUCUCAUUUGCUUAUUGUUUUCUUUGGUCACUUCCUUCGUCUCGAGCUUCCAACAACUUGAAUUGCCGAGACUUCAUUACUAUCGUCCUACUCCGUCUCCUUAUUGUCUAUACCCUUGCCGAGCUCUCUCUCUUUACACACCGACUCGAUCAACACCAACUAUACCAAAAAAGAAAAAAAGCAGACAAAAACGGAAACACGCCGCAUCUGUCCGAAAUUUAUAAUCAACAAACUACAACUACGGCUGAAAUAACACAAGUGGCAAUUUUAUACAUCUCAACCCAGUACACCAUCAAUCAGCGUCGGCAGAUCACGCUCCCUGGUCAUUCACCACGCUAGGCCGUCGACUAACACAAGGCGCAUUCCCACCAGUUUCUUCACCACGGGAUAUUCUAGCGCAUCUACGAGCCCUAACUAGCAUCCUUUAGCGCAUCCUGCUAGUACCAGUGCAAGUGGCAAAAAAAAAAAAAGAGGACGAGCGCUGCGCAACCGUUGCCUGAAUUAGGUUUAGUAGCAGAGCAGAAGCUGUCAGGGACCAAGUUUGCCCCUCUCUUCAGCAAUUUACAGCGACCUAACGCUGCCUGAUAGCGGCUUGGUCGUCUUCGCGAUUCGAUAUUCUGGGGCGCCAGCCUACCAGAAGCCCCGAACGCCACGCGCCACAGGGGGGCCCGGAAAAUUUACAGGGCAACCGCUUGUCGCUAACUCAGAAUGGCGUCCACUACAACUACCACCCGCACCACAACCAAACUUCGAAGCCGUCCCUCCUUUUCUCGCGCCCUUCGCAAACCAUCGUCUUCCGCCUCCAACCCCGAUCUUGGCUCUGCAUACGUCUCCCAGUCGCGCCCGCCGGUUCCUUCUAUUCCUCGCAAGGCUUCUCUUGCCGCUUUAACAUACUCGUCCCUGGCUAGCAUCCCAGAUGUCAGCGAAAAUUACGUCCUGAACUCCGUCUUCGCCGAUCCUGACCACCACGCCAUGGUUCCCACCACGCCCGGCCGGCCCUCCUCAGAUGCCACCAUCGGCGAUAUCGUUGAUGUCCCUGGUGGCAUGUACGGCACCGUACGCUUUGUUGGCUCUGUUCAGGGAAAGGGGGGUAUUUAUGCGGGUGUCGAGCUAAACCACGAGUUCGCCCCCCGAGGUAAAAACAGCGGCGAUGUUGACGGUGUCAACUAUUUCUACACAGAUAUCCCUGGGGCCGGCAUUUUCGUGCCUCUCUCCAAAGUCUUACGACGCACUUCCGCCAGAAGCAACUAUCCCAUGACACCCAGCGCGGGUCUCCGAGCCCCAUCUAGUUCGAGCUACACUCCGCCAACGCCGGCGUUGCCUAAGUUCAGCGUCUCGGUUGGACCAGGAGCACGAGCACCAAGCCCCCAGCAGAAGCAGCGCCCAAGAAUGUCGCUGCCUCGACCUGAAUCCCCAGUGCGCAGAACACAGAUGACUCCUGCCCCGCGACCCUCCUUAACGGGAUCACCUACGAAAGCCCCACGAUAUGGCAGCCCUACGAAUCGCCUUGCCCAGAGUAUGCGGGGUGUGUCGGGAGAUCCCAACAAGAAGCCAUCAAAGAUUGACCUCAGGUCCAUGUCGAGUCAACGGAGCACGUCCGCCAUGGGCCCAGUGAUGGACUUUGACGAAGAUUCCAGCCCAGCUUCUCAACCACCAAAGAGCAAUGGACUAACUGGCUCCGUGUCUGAUUACAACAUGAUGCGGCCGCCAUCUCGUACAACCAACUCGAGCCAUGAGGAGAUUGAGCGACUCCGAGCGCAGCUAGAGGAUCGUGAUAGACAGCUCAAAGAGCAGUCGUCCACACUUGCUGAAAUGGAGAGCAGUCUCGUUGAGCUGCAAACCAUCAUUGAAAGCAACCCAGACGGGCCAAAACCCGACAGAAAUAGUUUCGAUGACAAGGAUUCUUCGCAAUUGCGGGGUCUAUUGCGUGAGAGAAACGACAAAAUCGCAAUGCUAAUCUCGGAAUUUGACGCCCACCGUGCCGACUUCCGCAGCACGAUUGACACCUUGGAAUUAGCAAGCACAGAAACGGAACGUGUAUAUGAGAAGCGCAUUGAAGAGCUUUCCGCUGAUAUUCGCGAACUGGAAUCACGCAAUCUAGAUGUAGACUCUGUCGCCAGCCAACUGAAGCAGCUUGAAGAGCUCGUUCUGGAGUUGGAGGAAGGUCUUGAGGAUGCUCGUCGCGGUGAAGCCGAGGCCCGUGGUGAGGCCGAGUUCCUUCGCGGCGAAGUAGAACGCACUCGCACAGAGCUCCGUCGAGAACGUGACAAGACGGGAACACGCUCGUCGAGCAUUGGCGAUACCAGUACCGACAUGACACCCUCCAAGGAGCUUGAGCAAAAGGAAGAUGAAAUUCGUGGCCUCAAGGCUAUCAUCCACUCGUUGAGCCGCGACUCUAUUCCUGGCAGUGAUGAUCCGCGAUCCUCUCAGCUGACUGGAUCCAGAAUCAGCAACGCAGAGGAUACCAUCGCUCGAAGCAACCUUGAGCGCCAAGUGGCGGAGCUACAGUCGCUAUUGGAUAAAAAGAACACUCACGAAGAAGAAAUGGAGCAGGAGCUGGAGUCACUUCGUCGCAGCCAGCACGGACCAGAGACGAACGGCACCAAGAACCAUCGUUCAUCGCUUCGAGAUUCUCGUGACACCGUCAUUCCUGUUCGAAACCUAGAUUCACGGUCUCCUGAUGGCGCGCACAAGCGACCCAACGUCAUGGACACUAUGCAUGAGAACGAUGGGCACUCCAACGCGGCAACUGAGAUGAGCGCACUCUGGUGUGAGAUUUGCGAAACCAGCGGCCAUGAUAUCCUGUCUUGCACAAACAUGUUCCCGUCGGACAAUGCUAAGGACUCUAACAACGUCAGCAUCAGCUCUGACAUGAUGCGCCCUGGCCUUCACCAACAGCUCUCACCAUUCAAACCUGGUGACGAUGCCCUCCCGGCUCCGUUGGCCUCUGUUAGAGCCAAGUCAACCACGCCGUCACCUGGGCCUGUCAAGAUCAUGCCCAACCCCAUGGAGUCGGGCCCAGUUGCGGGCAAGGAGAGUGGAGUUAUGGACCCAGAGAAGUGGUGUGCUAUUUGCGAGAGAGAUGGCCACGACAGCGUUGACUGCCCCUUUGAGGAUGCCCUUUAGAAGGUAUAGUUGGAAGGCGUUCUACGCUAUGUUUGGGGGCUUUUCUUUUGGUGGAAUGUACAUGCAGACCCCUAUAUAGGGGCUCUUUUUUAACCCUCUGACCUGCGCCUUUUUUGUGUUUUAUUUGCCUUUUUGGUUGUAUUUGGGAGAGGCUCUCGUCACUGGUUUACUUAUACCCUCGUUCUGUUGCCGGUGUUGGCCGGUGUUUGACGUUUAUGACUCUUGUAUUCAUGUAAUGACGUUUGGUAUUGAUAGACGAAAAGAAGUGAUGUUUAUGUAUGAAUUAGAAGGACAAAAUGCGUGUUUGCUAUUUCUUGCAAGUUUAACAUUAAGCUCUCAGUUACUUGUAACUAUGUGAUGUUAUUUACAGAAUGGAUAGUGUGAUGGGCGUUGCCCAAGGCUGAUAGCCGGGGGCAGUGUUUGUGCCCAAGCACAGCCCAUAUGAUCGGUGACAAGGGUAUUUAUUUACUGUCACAAAUUAAUCAUAAUUUUUCCAAGUUUUAUUUUUCGUAGUUAUACUACAGCACCACUCCAAGUGCGUUGUACAUCACCAGGCUGCCAGGCUGCCUAAGAGCGAGCCUCGCCCCCC